CUUGGUCUCUGCUCGAUCAACUCGAUCCAUCUCGGACAUCCUCCUCCUCACUGCUCUCUACAGUUCUGCAGCGCAUCAUCCUCGCAAGCCCCCUCGCAAGCCCCGCUCAAGCCCUCGAACGCCCCGCGCGCACGACUCUCUCCGAAAGCACAACAAGACUAACGGUUCACCGCGGACACCGCCCGUCCCAUCGGGACGCCCUCAAGACCCCGCACAUCGCAUCCCGCACCUCGCCGUCUCGACAACAACAACAUCAUCACUCUCAUUGUCCUGCUCCCCGCACGCCGCAAUGCAGCACUCCCCCGCCGCCGAGCACGACCCCGCAUCCCCGCACGCGGCGUCCACCGUAGCCAAGCCCCCGACCAAGAUCUCGUGUCUCGCCUGCCGCGCCGCAAAGCGCAAGUGCCUGACACCGGACGCGCUCACCGUCUGCAAGCGCUGUUCGGACCAGGGCCUCGAGUGCGAGUACCAGAAGCACCGGCGCGGGCGGAGGAAGAAGAACCCCGACGGUCUCAACGGUGCGGCUGCGAGCCGCUCGCGCUCGCGCUCGCCGUCCCACCAUGCGUCUAGUCCGCCGCGGCCGCUCGUCGACCGUGAGCGCGCAGAGCGUGGGCGCUCAAUUCCUAGCUCCGCGGUCCGCAGCCAUUCAAUCCGCUUUUCGCAUGUCGUGCCGAUCGAAGGCGACUCGUCUCCUUACCUUCCACCACCCAACUCGCAGCCUCCAGCCACAGGCGGCGCUAGCCUCGCUCUACUCCGCACUGAUUGCCCCGAUCCCGUCAUGAGCGGCUUCCUGACCGAGGCGGACGCCUACGAGCUUUUCGAGUUCUACUUCCACCACCUGAAUGUGACGGUCGCGAUCCUGGAUCCCGUCCUCCACACGGCGACGUAUUGUCGCGACAAGAGCCCACUGCUCUUCUCGGCCGUGCUCACCGUCACGGCCAAGAUAAUCCGACCAAAGGCGUACUCGUCAUGCCUCCUAAUCGCGAACAAGCUCGUCGGACAGGCGGUCGAGUUCGGCCUGUGCUCCAUCGAAGUCGUCCAGGCCAUCAUCAUGCUCACGCAUUGGAAGAAGGCUGAUGACUCGACAUCCUGGCGCAAAGUUGGGUAUGCGAUCCGCAUGGCGCAGGAGCUGCGCCUGAACCAGCGCGCUCCACGGCCGCUUCCCCGCAACGAGAGGCAGGCGCGCGAGGUGCUCAACAAGGAGCGCUGUUGGUUGAACCUUAUCGUAGCCGACUACCACCUCGCGAUGCAUCACUCCCUGCCCCGCAUGAUCAACCAGGACGAUGUAGACGACCCUAUGGAAUGGAUCACGGAGCACCCCCACCUUCCGUGUCCUGGAGAGGCGGUCAUUGCUCCCUGGAUCAACUUCUCCCGCUUGUGCCGUCUCUUCGCGGACAUGUUGGCGAGCAUGAACGGCAGCCCGUCCAACCUCCGCAGCCUGCACUGGCUUGAGAUGGAAUGGAAGCGAUGGCGCAAGCGUUGGAUAGAAAAGAACUCCGAAUACGGGUUCCUGCGACAGCAAGUGGCCAUGGUUAAGAUGUGCGACGGCCUGCUCCAUUUCCAUAUCUGCGAGUAUCACUUACUUUUUACGGCGCGGUAUCGUUCCAAUGGCGCGACGCUGGAUACCUCGGAGCCGUCUCCUCUGAGUUAUGCUUUUGCAGAGUGCGCCGACGUCGCCCUGGGGCUCCUGGACGUGUUCCAGACCGACUUUGUGGCCAACGGCUAUCUCCCUUUCUGCUUCAACCUGACAUGGGUCGGCGUGGCCAUCACGAGCGUCUGGUUGAUAAAGAACAUCGGCGCCAUGGACAAGAUGGACCGCAAGCGCGUGAUCCGCAAGCUCACCGAAGUCGCCGACUCGACCGGCGAGGCCUCGCGCUCCGCGGAAGACAUGCCCGCCUACACGCACCGCCUGGUGAAGCACCUGCUCGGCUCGGUCUCUCCCGAGUGGCAGCUGACGACGACGGAGCCCUCCGCCGCUCCCGUGGGCGAAGGCGACGCGGGCUCGUCCUCAUCUGGCCCUACGCCCGCCGUCAUCGCGCCCCCGCAGACCUGGAACAUGCCGAGCGCGCAGCAGAUGAUCCAGGAGACUCUCUGGCACCCCUCCAUCUUCCAGGACGUGCCGACGCUGCGCACGCCCGCGCAGCACCACCAAUGCUCGACCGGCAACUCGGCGUUCCACCCCCCGCAGCCCGACCCCAUCCCACAGCCGAUCACGAGCGACGUGCUGUUCCCCGCAGCCGACGACGACAUUUGGAAACUCCUAUUUCCCCUAUAGUAUAUUAUGCUCUGUAUUCCUAGUUGUAGACGGGUUGCAUUAAUGCAGUG